GCCCAGUCUCCAGUCCCCUGGAAGAGUUGAGCUGGCGGCGGCAGUGCCGCCCUGCAGACUGUUGGGAAUAGUUUAAAUGCUUUGACACCGGGUCUGUGCGCGAUGGCAGGCAGGCAGUUUACUGGGUAAUUCAUAUGCAAAACUGCACUAUAAAUUUCCAGGCUGUCUCAGUUGCUGUGGCACCGUGAAGCAUUUCUCCACGUACAGUACAGUAUUUCUGCCAUCUUUGUUUGCAUUGCAGUGAGUCAUCAAAAGUCUGUCUUGCACCAACACCCGGAGCCGUGCAUUCCUCUGGCACCAACGCGCCCCUGUUUUUAAAGCCGGGGCUGGGAGCUGGCAUUUACUUCAGCUCCCAAAUCAAAGGCUCCUAUUCAUUCCCCAGAGCUGCCUGAAUGUUUGUCUGCAUCCGGCCGCUUCAUUGAGAUGCCGCGCGCUGCCCGGGAGAGCCGGCCUGGGUGCAGCUGAGCUGCGGCCGCCGAGCCCGGCGCCCGGCUCUCCCCCCGCCCCCCCCCCCCCCCCCCCGCCCGGCUCCUCAGCCCUCCCCACCCCAGGGCUCCGGCUCCGUUUGCUGCAUUCCCGGAGCGGCGGGCGGGCGGGCCGGCGUGCGUGGAGUCUGCCCUGCCAGGCUGAGCGGGCAGCGUCGGCCGCCGGCCGGCCACCGCGGCGGAAGAUGUGCCCCACCCGACCCGCGCCACGCUGAGUCUGAGGCCUGCCCGCCACGCCGCCCGCCAUGUCUCAGAUGUUGCAUAUCGAGAUCCCCAACUUCGGGAACACGGUCCUCGGCUGCCUCAACGAGCAGCGUCUCCUGGGCCUCUACUGCGAUGUGUCCAUUGUGGUCAAGGGCCAGGCCUUCAAGGCCCACCGGGCCGUCCUGGCCGCCAGCAGCCUCUACUUCCGCGACCUGUUCAGUGGCAACAGCAAGAGCGCGUUCGAGCUGCCCGGCACCGUGCCGCCAGCCUGCUUCCAGCAGAUCCUGUCCUUCUGCUACACGGGCAAGCUCACCAUGGCGGCCAGCGAGCAGCUCGUGGUCAUGUACACGGCGGGCUUCCUGCAGAUCCAGCACAUUGUGGAGCGGGGCACAGACCUCAUGUUCAAGGUGAGCUCGCCCCACUGUGACUCGCAGACUGCCAUGAUCGAGGAUGCCAGCUCCGAGCCCCAGAGCCCCUGCAACCAGGUGCAGCCAGCCGCCGCCGCCGCCGCCUACGUCUCCUACCCGUCCGUGCCCAUCCCGCUGCUGACCCGGGUCAAGCACGAAGCCAUGGAGCUGCCGCCGGCCACAGGCCCGGGCCUGGCUCCCAAGCGCCCGCUGGAGACGGGGACCCGGGACGGCGUGGCCGUGGCGGUGGGGGCCGCGGGGGCGGCUGGCACGGCCCCUCUCAAGCUGCCCCGGGUCUCCUAUUAUGGGGUGCCCAGCCUGGCCACCCUCAUCCCCAGCAUCCAGCAGGUGCCCUACCCCCAGGGGGAGCGGACCAGCCCGGGGGCCAGCAGCCUGCCCACCACGGACAGCCCCACCUCCUACCACAACGAGGAGGACGAGGAGGACGACGAGGCCUACGACACCAUGGUGGAGGAGCAGUACGGCCAGAUGUACAUCAAGGCCACGGGCAGCUACGCAGUCCAAGAGAAGCCAGAGCCUGUGCCGCUGGAGAGCCGCUCCUGCGUCCUCAUCCGCCGUGACCUCGUGGCACUGCCCGCCAGCCUCAUCAGCCAGAUCGGGUACCGCUGCCACCCCAAGCUCUACUCAGAGGGUGAUCCCGGGGAGAAGCUGGAGCUGGUGGCAGGCUCGGGGGUGUACAUCACACGUGGCCAGCUCAUGAACUGCCACCUCUGCGCAGGGGUGAAGCACAAGGUCUUGCUGCGGCGGCUGCUAGCCACCUUCUUUGACAGGAACACGCUGGCCAACAGCUGUGGCACAGGUAUCCGCUCAUCCACCAGCGACCCCAGCCGCAAGCCACUGGACAGCCGAGUCCUGAAUGCUGUGAAACUGUACUGUCAGAACUUCGCCCCCAGCUUCAAGGAGAGCGAGAUGAAUGUGAUCGCCGCGGACAUGUGCACCAAUGCCCGCCGCGUCCGGAAACGCUGGCUGCCCAAGAUCAAGUCCAUGCUGCCAGAGGGCGUGGAGAUGUACCGCACGGUCAUGGGCGCCUCCGCGGCCGGCCUGCCCCUUGACCCCGAGUUCCCACCCGCCACCGCGCAGGUGUUUGAGCAGCGCAUCUACGCCGAGCGCCAGAGCGACGCGGCCACCAUUGUGGCUCUGAGAACGGACGCGGUGAACGUGGAUCUGGGCACGGCCACCAGCUCUGCCUUCGAGGCCCACGAGGAGGCCGAGGGGGCCGGCUCCGUCAUCCAGGAGGUGGCCGCCCCCGAGCCCCUGGCCGCCGAGGGCCAGAGCCCCUCGCAGCCCUUCGAGCAGGGCAGCGCCAGCUCCAGCAGGCCCCAGACGCCAGCCGCCGCGGCGACAAGAAGGCCGGAGGGCAGCUACGCGGGGACUUUGUAAGGGCCUGCGAGGCCAGCUCACGGGGGACCUAGUACUAAAGCUGCUUGCAUGCAUUACUAAUACAAACCAAUGUGAUCAAGCCACUUACCUACUGAACUGCUACUGCUGCCUGACAAAAAUGUGAUUUUUAUUCUGCCUGUAUUUAAAAUGGAUGAAGGAAACACAUGCAUUCAUUAUACUGUAAACAGAUAAGCCGCUGGCCACCUGCUGGGAGAGGCUCCCGGCUCCCCUCCGGUACGCCCAGGUCAGCCUCGGGGGUAGCGGCCCUUCCCCCUCCCGGGGAGGGGUGAGAGCCCUGCCCUGCCUCCCCCGCCCUUCCCACCCCGCCUGCCCUGGAGGAGGAAGCUGGGGGCAGGUGGGGCUGGGGUGCAUGACACUCCAUUUCUUACCCAUGGGGACCCCACUGAGCAGGGGGCAGGGCUGGGCCCCCAGAGGCCAAACUCCUUGUUUUUCCUUCUUCCUGAGCUGCCACCUGUGUGUGGGAGUGAGCGUGAGCGUGAGUGAGUGUGCAAGCGCGUGUGUGUGAGUGAAGAGAACAGUGGCCAUGCCGCACCCGUUACUGUUGCCGGGCACCCGUGGGUGGAGGACCCCGUCCUCCCUCCAUCCCCACGUCCUUGCCCUGCCCCCGCCCCGCAG